CAACAGCCAGUUCUCCUUGGUUCUAACUGUCUCUCUGCCUGGAACACCUUUCUGGAUAUAUGUCCACUUGGCCUAACGCCCCCACCACCUGUACUUAGAAAGAUUGUACAAUGAAUGGUGAUACUCGGGCUGCAGUGGUGACCUCACCACCCCCGACCACAGCCCCUCAUAAGGAGAGGUACUUCGACAGAGUGGAUGAGAACAAUCCAGAAUACUUGCGGGAGAGGAACAUGGCACCAGACCUUCGUCAGGACUUCAAUAUGAUGGAGCAGAAGAAGAGGGUAUCCAUGAUUCUGCAAAGUCCUGCUUUCUGUGAAGAACUGGAAUCAAUGAUACAGGAACAAUUUAAGAAGGGGAAGAAUCCCACAGGCCUAUUGGCAUUACAGCAGAUUGCAGAUUUUAUGACCACGAAUGUACCGAAUGUCUACCCAGCAGCUCCACAAGGAGGGAUGGCUGCCUUAAACAUGAGUCUUGGCAUGGUGACUCCUGUGAACGACCUGAGAGGAUCUGAUUCGAUUGCAUAUGACAAAGGGGAGAAGUUAUUGCGAUGUAAAUUGGCAGCAUUUUACAGACUAGCAGAUCUCUUUGGGUGGUCUCAGCUUAUCUACAAUCAUAUCACAGUGAGUAUUAAAUGAGUUGGUAACUGGAUGAUA